AUUAAACUUUCAAAGUAUAUCUUUAAUCCUUAGAAUUUAGAUCAUAAUAUACUAUGUGAUGGAGCUACAGCGUAUGAUUUUGUUGUCAAUAUAGCGACGAGUAACCGAAUUAGAUAAUCAAUGUGCGCAAGCGCAAUGCAACUCUUAGCAUUAUUAUCCAUAGGUAUCUGUGAAUAAAUAUGCGAGAAGUCGCGUUGUGCAUGCUGUAGUAAACCGAUCGACCGCGGUAAAUUUUCAGUUUUUUUUCCUUAUGUAAUGUGAUUUGGUGGAGAUUUCUCCAAAGAAUAUUUUAGGAUAUUCUCUCAAAUCUAUUUUUAUACCAACAACAAUAAUUCCUUGGAAAACUGAUAACGGCAUCGGUAUGAGUGCAGCCCGCGGCAGCUGCUAGCGUUUUAAAUAAGCAAAACACAACAUAAUAAUAUUAAUGUUUAUUUUACUGUUACGUAAUACCUAUGUCUUGAUUAUUUUUCUGAAGUUACUACCUAGUUAAUACCUAGUUAUCACUUAUCAAUAUUUAACGUUAAAAUCGUUAGUCGUUCGUCGAAUAUUUGACUACGAACUACCACUAGCCUACUGCGUCUAUCCUAGUUAUUCAAGACUCAACUGCACUCAAAAUCUCAAAUAUUAAAUUAUCUAACAAAAUCAAUUGAAAUUAAAAAUUAUGGGUAGAAAGCUCAGUGGUUGUGCUUACCGAAAAUUAAGUGAAAUUAAAAAAGAUAAUGUAAAAAAAAGUAUGAAAAAUAAUAUGAAACUUGAUGUAAUGUUCCAAGGAGUACAACAAGUUCAUACCAUUCAUACUGUUGCCAGUGAAAUCAUCGAUAAUAUUGGGCGUUCAAGCAAUGAAUUUAUUGAUUCAGUAAAAAGUUUACCAUUUACUGAUCAAUCUUUAGUGAAAUGUAAAUCCAAUAAUGAAUUGCAUGAUAGAAAUGAAUGUUUAAAAUCUCAAAUUGCCAAUGAAGUGAACAUUUUACAAGGACUCAGUUCUUCAGAUAUGCCAGAUGAUGAUCCUGCUUUAUGGAUAUUAAAUGAGGUGACUAGAGAUUUUAUUUGCAGAAACGGAUUCAAACAGAACUUGGAUAGUGAUUUCUCACAAUCUAAAACACAAUACCAGUAUAUACGUCAAGGAAAAUUUAGACCUCAUAAUAGGUACCUCAGUAAAGAUUUAUUAAAAACAACGUUAAUUAAUGGUAAAACAUGCCAAAGAGACCAUCUUAGUUAUUCAACUGAAAACAUCCAAAUAAAAUCAAUACUCAUGAAAAUUCAACCAUGCAUAAAACUUGUACAUUUAAAAUGA